AUGUAUUUGGAGCCAGAGGAACUCGGGCUUCUGGCUGGCCAGGAACUGUUGACAUUCGGGGAUGUGUCCAUAAAUUUCUCCUUGGAGGAGUGGGAGUGCCUGGACCCUGCCCAGCGGAAUUUGUAUAGGGAUGUGAUGUUAGAGAACUACAGAAACCUGUUCUCCCUGGGUCUUGCAGCCUCUAAGCCAGACCUGAUCACCUGUCUGGAGCAAAGGAAAGAGCCCUGGAAGGUGAAGAGACAUGAGACAGUAGCAGAACACCCAGCUAUGUCUUCUCAUUUCACCCAACACCAUUUGCCAGAACAGAGCAUAAAUAUUUCAUUUCAAAAAGUGAUACCGAGAAGAUACGGAAGCUGUGGCCUUGAGAAUUUAAACUUAAUGAGAGAUUGUGAAAGUGUGGGUCAGUGUAAGGAACAGAUACAGUGUUAUAAUGGACUUAACCGAUGUUCACCGACUACCCACACCAAAAUCUUCCAGUGUAAUGAACGUUUGAAUGUCUUCAAAAAAUUCUCAAAUAUACAUAGAUACAAGAUGCGACAUCCUGUAGCGAAACCUCUUAAAACCCACAAAUGUGAAGAAUGCGGCAAAGCCUUUAAUCAGUUGGCACAUCUUACUAGGCAUAAGAGAAUUCAUACUGGAGAGAAACCCUACACAUGUGAAGAGUGUGGAAAAGCGUUUAAGGAGUUCUCCUAUCUUACUACGCAUAAGAGAAUUCAUACUGGAGACAAACCCUACAAAUGUGAACAAUGUGGCAAAGCCUUUACCCAGUUGUCAUAUCUUACUAUGCAUAAGAGAAUUCAUACUGGAGAGAAACCCUACACGUGUGAAGAGUGUGGAAAAGCAUUUAACUGGUGCUCAUACCUUUCUGCACACAAGAGAAUUCAUACUGGAGAGAAACCCUACAAAUGUGAAGAAUGUGGCAAAGCCUUUAAUCAAUUGUCGCAUCUUACUAUUCAUAAGAGAAUUCAUACUGGAGAGAAACCCUACAAAUGUCAAGAGUGUGGCAAAGCAUUUAACUGGUUUUCAUACCUUACUGCGCACAAGAGAAUUCAUACUGGAGAGAAACCCUACAAAUGUGAACAAUGUGGCAAAGCCUUUAACCACUUCUCGUAUCUUAGUACACAUAAGGCAGUCCAUACUGGAGAGAAACCCUACAAAUGUGUAGAGUGUGGCAAAGCCUUUAACCAGUUGUCAUAUCUUACUAUGCAUAAGAGAAUUCAUACUGGAGAGAAACCCUAUAUAUGUGAAGAAUGUGGCAAAGCCUUUACCCAGUUGUCAAAUCUUAUUACGCAUAAGAGAAUUCAUACUGUAGAGAAACCCUACAAAUGUGAAGAGUGUGGCAAAGCAUUUAACUUGUUUUCAUACCUUACUGCGCACAAGAGAAUUCAUACUGGAGAGAAACCCUACAAAUGUGAACAAUGUGGCAAAGCCUUUACCCAGUUGUCAUAUCUUACUAUGCAUAAGAGAAUUCAUACUGGAGAGAAACCCUACAAAUGUGAAGAAUGUGGCAAAGCCUUUACCCACUGCUCAUAUCUUACUAUUCAUAAGAGAAUUCAUACUGGACAGAAACCUUACAAAUGUGAAGAGUGUGGCAAAGCAUUUAACUGGUGUUCAUACCUUAUUGCACACAAGAGAAUUCAUACUGGGGAGAAACCCUACAAAUGUGAACAAUGUGGCAAAGCCUUUACCCACUGCUCAUAUCUUACUAUGCAUAAGAGAAUUCAUAAUGGACAGAAAUCCUACAAAUGUCAAGAAUGUGGCAAAGCCUUUAACCAGUUUUCAUAUCUUACUAAGCAUCAGAAAAUUCAUAAUGGAGAGAAACCCUACAAAUGUGGAGAAUGUGGCAAAGCCUUUAUCUACUGCUCAUAUCUUGCUGUUCAUAAAAAAAUACAUACUGGAGAGAAACCCUACAAAUGUAUAGAAUGUGGCAAAAGCUUUAAGCAGUUUUCAUACCUUACUAAACAUGAGAGAAUUCAUACUAAAGAGAAACCCUACAAAUGUGAAGAAUGUGGCAAAGCCUUUUUCUACUGCUCAUAUCUUACUAUGCAUAAACAAAUUCAUACUGUAGAGAAACCCUACAAAUGUCAAGAAUGUGGCAAGGCCUUUAAGCGGUUCUCGUAUCUUACUGUGCAUAAAAGAAUUCAUACUGGAGAGAAACCCUACAAAUGUGAACAGUGUGGCAAAGCCUUUACCCAGUCCUCAUAUCUUACUAUGCAUAAGAAAAUUCAUACUGGACAGAAACCGUACAAAUGUGAAGAAUGUGGCAAAGCCUUUAAGCAGUUCUCCUAUCUUACUGCGCACAAGAGAAUUCAUACUGGAGAGAAACCCUACAAAUGUGAACAAUGUGGCAAAGCCUUUAACCGGUUCUUAUAUCUUACUAAGCAUAAGAGAAUUCAUACUGGAGAGAAACCUUACAAAUGUGAAGAGUGUGGCAAAGCAUUUUAUUGGUAUUCAUACCUUACUGCACACAAGAGAAUUCAUACUGGAGAGAAACCUUACAAAUGUGAAGAGUGUGGCAAAGCAUUUUAUUGGUAUUCAUACCUUACUGCACACAAGAGAAUUCAUACUGGAGAGAAACCCUACAAAUGUAAAGAAUGUGGCAAGGAUUUUAGCCAUACCUCUCAGCUAAAGGUACAUAAGGUAGUUCAUACCGGAGAGAAGCCCUACAAAUGUGAAGAAUGUGGCAAAGCCUUUAGCCAGCGCGCAUCUCGUUCUGUACAUAAGAGAAUUCAUAGACAAGAAACUCUACAAAUGUGA